AGCGAGCUUACCGAAAGCGAGCGUGAUGACCACUGUGUUGUCCAAGCAGUUUUGUCUUUGUCUGUGGAUGCUGCCGGCGCGGCGCACAAGCCAGAGCGUGCCGACGACGACGGCCUGGGCGCCACCAUGCCGCGAGCAUCCAAGGAGAAACUUAUGAACCCAGCUUUGCGCAGACACGUCGAGUGGUGGAUUGCCUCUUUCAAUGUUUGCGACUCUCUUGGUAUUGACGACCAUCUUGAGAUGUUGUGCCAACAUGUGCGCAACGGCAGCGGCAUCUUCAAGAGUGACUCGAACCGAGGCCCCAAGAAGGCCUGGAUAUCUGAUCGCACUUGGGGUAUGAUGUGCCUGCGCAGUGGUCUCAAAAAGACUCUACGUGACGCUUCCAGUCAGAUGCGCACCAUCCGCCUCGUCGAGAUGUUCGUGGAGUGGCGGGAUGUUGUUGGCAGCCGGAAACAACGUGACCUCCAGGGAGGACGUAUUUGGCAGAAUGUGGCUUGCUCGCAGUUCGCAAGUGCUUGCCGCAGGUGGGCCCUCGUUUCGCUGCGUCUCCGACGUUUUGGGGUCCAAAUACAGAGGUCGGCGAAACUCGAUCGGAAUGUCAUGUUGGACCGGACACGCAUCGCUGCAGAGAAAGCGGGGGAGAACGGCGACAUGCGGAAGUUGUUCAAGCUAGCCAAAUUCGCAUCCGGCACGGACGCCGGACGGCUCCGCAGCGUGCGCUGGGAGGAUGGCGCCCAGACGCAAUCCCAAAAACAAUAUUUGGAUCGCUUCACAGAUCAUUUCUGCGAGGUGCUCGGCGCCGACGAGUUCGAAGGGCCGGGCCUGCCAAUGGAGAGCGAGACCGACGACGAUGCCGAGAUUUUGGGCGAGUGCCCCUGUAUCGAGCCCAUCUGCAAGGGCAUAUCUCGGCUAAAGAACGACCAGGGUUUGGGCUUCGACGGCAUCGGCGGUGAGCUGCUCAAAGCAGGUGGCUUCGCCAUGGCUUCCGCUCUGCACAAGCUGAACGCGAAGAUCUGGCAACAGAAGCGGUGGCCUCGACGAUGGCGCGGAGGGCGGCUGCAGGAGCUGCCCAAGAAAGGUGACAACGCCAACGUGGAGAACUACCGCGGGUUGCUCAUGGGUGACCACAUGGGCAAAGUGUCAUCGUCCAUACUAUUUGAUGACUACGCGCGUGCGUACGAACAGUACAUACCUGACGUGCAGUGCGGCGCUGCUGCGGGCAAGGGGACCGAUUUCGCCAGCCACCUCUUACGAAAUGUGCAGGCGUACACAAAGACAUGGGGCAAGUCCCUUGGGCUGCUUUUCUUGGACCUCACCAAGGCGUAUGACCGCGUGAUCAGAGAGCUCGUGUUCGGACGGUUCCAGACGGGACCGUCGGACACCAUGCGCUGGCAGCGUGGCAUCGCUGCUUUGCGGAAGCUGGGGCUGUCCAGCGCGCAAGCCCACGGCAUCGCCCAGGAGAUUGCCAAGGGCACAAUUCUGACGGAAAUGGGCAUCACGGGCGCCAGCGCGAAGUUGCUCAAGUCGAUGCACUCUCCUUCUUGGUUUCGCAUGAAAGGAGCCAAGCGCAAGCUGGUUGUCAGGCGAGGUGGCCGCCAAGGCUGCCUGUUUGGCAGCAUCCUGUUCAACGUCGUGUACGGCAAGGCUCUGAAAGAGUUCUAUGCCGACUGCGAAGCCCACAGCAUCCCGGUCAAGGUGCGCUUCUCCAGAGGAGGCCCUUUCAAACAAGACCAGGCUGACGCUUCGGCGCAAGACGAGCGCAGCAUCCUCGACAUCACCUUCGUUGACGACGAAGCCGCGAUGGUUGUGACAGCAGUUCCCAAAACUAUGUCUACCAAGUUUGCUUUCGUAGUCAACUCGCUGCGCCGUUGUUUCCACAAGUACGCCUUGGAUAUCAACUGGAAAGCGGGCAAGACAGAGGGCAUAUUGAUGUGGAGAGGCAAGCGUGCAAGGACAGAGAAGUUCAAGUUGCGGAAAGCCAACGGCCGGCAGACUUUUCCGGUGGGUGGCAAGAAACGCAGACACAGGCGCAAGUCAGCCUCGGACGGUUUGGACCAGGCCGUCGAGGUUGGCAUCGUCAAGCAAUACAAGCACCUUGGAGACAUCAUCGAGGAGAACGGCAGCAUGUUCCCCGAGGUGCGCAACAGGUGCAAAUCUGCAAUGAAUUCAUUGGCUCCCCUUGGGGCGUUGCUCCGGCAUGUCAGUCUCCGCCGGCGCGUCCAUGUGACGCACUCGUUGAUCAUGUCGAAGCUGCUGUACAACUCCCAGAUUUGGGAGAAGCUUGAGGAAAGUUAGAAACAGUCGCUCAACACAAUGUAUAUGCGCGCGUGGCGAAGGGUAGCCAACGACCCGCGCUACCGCCGGACCAGGUUCACUGACGUCGCAGUGCGGCAGAUGCUGCAAGUGGCCUCGCUGGAUUGUGCGCUCAGGCGGAGAAGGCUGCUCUACUUCUCGCGGCUUCCAAGGGUAUCACUCGAACCCUUGCACGCAGUGCUGCAGCAGCGCACCCCUGCCGGCGAGCUGCUCCCGUGGGUGAAACUCCUCUUUCAGGACCUCGAUGUGAUACGUGCUCAUCUACCUGGGAAGCUCGGGGAGAUGCCGUCGCCGUCUGACCGCUUCCAGCCUUGGUGGGUGCUGGCAAGGACGCACCCAGGCGAAUGGAAAUCUCUGGUCAAAUCGUACUUCACAGUCAAUGACGACACGCACAACCAACCAGGUGCGCAGGGUCCGCGGGGCAAGCGCCAUCACGCAGACCCAUGCGCCACAGUGAAGUUUGAGCGUGCAGUUUGCAAGGUGUCUCUUGAGACCCAUCGCCAGUUAUCCACGCACAUGUGGUCAAAGCAUCGCAUGAGAAGCUCGGUUCGCCGGAUGGUCGGCGACAUUUUGAGGUGCCCGGUCUGCGGCGUUGAAUCCGGUUGCCGCGCGAGACUGGUCAAACACCUGCUAGAACGCAGGGUGAGGAGCGCAGCGCGCGGCAAGUCGUGCCAAGAAGAGUUUUUGGCCCUCGAGCUCCCUCGUGUCUCAGACGAGGUCUACAGACAGCUUGAGGAGCGUGACGCUGCCUUGACGAAGGCAGCGCGGGCGGCCGGCCACACGAGCCUGAUCGCCGACGAGCCUGCGAGACAGACGAGGCCCAGCGUCCUCCAGAAGACCAGGGUGCACGGGCCCGUUGCCUCCGAUCCACCCCGCCAUCCAAACGGAGGAAGCGAGGAGGAGGAGAUCCCAGCGCGUAGUCCCCAUUUUUUUUGGUCCGGGGUUAUUGUUUCACAUCCUCUGCACGGUGCCUUGAUGUGCUCAUGCGUUGCCGAC